GAGCGACGCACAGCAUCAUCAUCAUCCCGAACAGGGAGCAAGCGGUCUGCAGCAUCACUUGAUCUGCAGCAUCAGUUCGCAUGUUAUUUUUUAUUUAUUUUAUGAGUGAGUCGUUCGUUUAGGCAGAAAAUACCCCCUGACAGUGUUUCUGAUGCGCGGCUCCCAGUUUCGCUCGGGAUUUUAAGGAAGCAUUGUGCCCACAUGGGCAGUGUUCUGGCUUUGUCUUCCAAUCCGGGCCAUCAGAACUGGCCCUUCUCCAAGGACCCUCUUCCCUCUCGCUGGGAUGCACAUCCUGCCCACUGGGACCGGCCACCACGCUGGGAGAGGAGAGAUGGGCGACUACCCAACCCUGGCAGCUUUCACUCCCUUCACAGGAGCUGCAAAGAUGUUUUUCCUCAUCAGAUUGAGGGUGUCAAGAUGAUAAUCAAUAAAACUUUGAGCAGCUUUUUUAAGGUUAGCCAUACUCUGCACCUCAGUGCUGUAAGUCCUUCCUACUAUCGGUUCCACGUGGAGCAUCUGCAGUCAGACGACUACAGCAAGGACAAGGACGCCCCGGCGUUGAUCGGUGAGAUGGACUCGUCAGGUAGUCUGAACGCUCACGCUCUCCUUCAUCUCACCGAGCGUGUUCGAGCCAGAACAGUAUUCCAGAGCCAGCAGUCUCAGUUCGUAACGUGGCAGUUUGAAACCGAGUACAGAGGGAGCGACUUCACUGCUGCUGUGACAGUGGCCAACCCAGACAUUCUCAGAGAGUCGGUCAUCCUGGUGGCACACUUCCUGCAGAGUGUGACGUCCGGCCUGGUGCUGGGAGGGGAGCUGGUGUACCACAGAGGACGAGCAGAAGAAGGAGGAAUUCUGACUCUGGCGGGACAGUACUCCAGACCAAACUGGGUCGCAACCCUCAACGCCGGCAAAGGGGGCGCCCAUGCUAGCUACUAUCACAGAGCCAACAAACAGAUCCAAGUCGGGGUGGAGUUUGAAGCCAGCACCAGGACACAGGAGACCACGACGUCCUUCGGGUACCAGAUGGAACUCCCAGAGGCCAACAUGGUUUUUAGAGGUAGUCUAAGGUAUGAUCAACAGCCGGUGCAUCAUCGGAGGUGUGCUGGAGAAGCGUCUGACCCCGCUUCCUGCCACCCUGAUCAUGGGAGCCUUUGUGAAUCACAGAGGGGACAAGCUGCAGGUCGGCCUGGGCGUCAACGUGGGAUGACCCUCGGAAAAAGGACCGUCGAGACGUCAACGCGGAGAGCUGGGGUUUUUUUUUUGCGCUUUUCCAAACGCGCUGAACUUGAAGGGUGCACCACCCGCACCGGAACCGCUCCUGUUUGUUUAAGUCCACGUGUCUCACCUCGCAGCCUACCUCUCGAUAACGAGGCGAUGUUUUCUGAUGACGGGGAAAGUUCUGGGCCAGAGGAAUGGAUGCGACUCCAGAGGGGGGGGGUGCGUCACCCGCUGCACCGUGACAGGUGAAAGGGAAAUUGUACUGUAUACUUAGAAUAACAAUUUUAUACUGUAGGUAGUCAUGAAGAAACAUAUAAAGAUAUAAAAUAACAAUACUUUGCUUCCCGUUUUAGUGAAUUAACUUGAACUUAUGUGUCGUGGAUCAUUCUGCGGGCUGUUUCUAAAAGAGAAAUCCAAGAAAUUAGGGUGUUUUGGAUUUUUUGCUCAAGAAUUAAGCUGCGAACAACAGCAUUGAAUAGAAAUGUAACAUUUUCAUGGCAUCUGUUAUUCAUGCAUUUUGGACCCUUCCUUGGUUAAAAUUUGAUUCAAUUUAAUUCAAUUCCGCCAGGAUUGCCUGGUAUUAAGAGGAACAAACUGUUCAGAUGUUUAAAAAUAUUUGACAUGAAGCUAAUUUCAAUGCUCAAAUAGAAUAGAGGCAGCAAGGUCGGGUCUGUAUUAGUUCUUGUCAGCAGUUGAGUCCAUUAUGAUAUUAGGAUGAUCCCUAAAGAAACACGGGAGGAGCCAAGAAAAGGGAUCUGAGGGCAUCUAUGCACUAAUGGAGAUUUGCCAAAAGAAGGCAUAUAGAAAAGAAUCUGGCAUUUCAGCCCCAUUUAACAAAUUCAAAAUAUUACAAAAUCAGAAAUGUGUGUUUUAUUCAAUAGGAGCAUGGAAUGAGGCGCAAGAGUGAUUGUCCUUUUUUUCCUGACAUGAUUUAAUAAAGAUGUUAUUUAUGUCA